UUGAAUCGAAAUGUCCGUAGUAAUUUAUUCCAUUUGUUCAAAAACGCGACGCUUGACUGUCCGCAUUGGCCUAGUUUGGAAGUAUUUUUGCGGCCGGUGAUACAAAUGUAGACAAACUAACUGAAAAUAUUAUGUCUAAAAUGUAAGUUACUCAAUAUUAACUUCUUGUUUACUGAGUUGUUAGCCAACUUGUAACUCAUUAAUUUGCUAAAUGUGAGUUGUUAACAUUACUGUGCGACUUUGUAUUUCGCGAUUGGACCGCGUAAUCCUAAUUCCAAUAAGAUAUUAAUAAUCACACUUUAUUAAUGAUCUUUUAACACGAUAACAUUGUACUGUCUGUAAUACGAGUACAUGGCUGUUGCCAUGAAACAGGCCAAACAAUCAUUUGCACUCCAGUCACCUGAUAUUUCUCACUGUUGCAAUGAACCCUCAUGUUAUCAUUUGCUGCUUUUACAGCCAUGCGCCGAUACCGAUAUUCAGCUGAGCAAAGACUUGCAGACAUUGACUACACACAGCUAACCCAGCUAAAUGAAAGUAUCAGUUCUGAAGAGGCCCAUAAAAAAUUCAUGAAACUUUAUCAAGAAAUAUUCCUGCACCCUCAGACAUCUUUACCCAGAAUACAACUCAAGACUAGGACCUUUUUGGAUUCUGACGGCACCCAUCCACUGCAGAGGAUCCAUUGGUCAGCAAGUGAUGCACUGCUAAAUUUCCCCAAUUCCGUUUUGAUGAAGAAACAAACUCAUCUAUAUAGUGGAUUGCCAGAGGACAACCAACCUCCAGUGAAGCUGGGAGUAUAUGAGUCUGUCCAGGAGGUCAGCAAACAUCAGCCACAUGGAAAACUGGCUCAGGAAUCACUCAUGAAUCAUGUGAUUAAAGCCCUUAAGAAAUUCCCUAUUGAGAGAUCCCAGUCAGAGCAUCAUAUCAUUUAUAAACUACUGAAGGGAGUCCACAGUCUGACCUCGCAGCUGGGCUCACAGGAGCUGAAACAGAUUAGUACCGUCACCACCAUCGAGACCUGGGACCGCGGACAGAUCAUUUUCGGACAUAAUGGAUUUUACCUCGUUCUGAAGGGCUCAGUGAAACCGUUCAACCAUGAAACCCUUAAAGAGGAUCAGACAGUCUCUACGAUUGCAGCUGGAGGUUCAUUUGGAUUCUGUGAACCUGUAAAUGCGGUAGAUGGAGGUGCCAUCAUCCAGUGUGUCAUGACACUCGAGACCUGCGAGAUUCUCAAAAUACCUCGCUCUGGCUACGAGAAGCUAAAAAAGGACAUCUUGGCACGGGACCAUGAAGUUAAAGUGUCUUUGAUCCAGGGCUGCCAGCUGUACAUUCACUGGCCAAAGCUUUCCAUCAACCACCUGGUCGACGGCAUGCAGCUAAAAACAUUCCCUGCUAAUCAAGUGUUGGUGAAGGAAGGAAAGAUCUGUCCAUUUGUGGCCUUCAUUGGAUGUGGAGAAUGUAACAUCCUUCAGGAUGUGGGAUCAUUGAUAAAACCCGUUGAUAAGAAGGGCUGCAGGAUCAGAUUUGUGAUGGUUGGUAAGCUGGGUCCAAAGCAGUCGUUUGGAGAGGUCAGCAUCCUACUGAACCAGCCGUCCCCUUGUACUGUUAUCACUGCCACUGAAGUUCAUUGUGGAAUAAUUCAACCAGAAUGCCUUAAAGGACUGGACUCAGUGACCACUUCUCUUAUACUGCAAACUGCGCAACCAAUGUGUGGAAAUCUCAGUGAGGAGGAAGUCUUGAAGGAGUUCCUGACACAGGAGAGGAUGAAGAAAUGGGAACAUGAGAAGAGGAAGAUCAUUUCUGAUGCUCUGUUUUAUAAUGGUGUUCACCCAGGAAGAGGCAAAUGGGCUUUUAACAGAGGACCAAGAGGAGUAACUGGGAAAUCCAAGAAGUCCAUAUGAACUUUUGACAGUUAAACAAACACACAAAUGGGAAUGCAGUCAUAUUAGGGGUAGCUACCCGACUAGUUCUGCCAACUCAUAAAAGCAGGAUGAGAAUUUCUCUUUCCGAAAAUGUAUAAAUAUUAGUGAAUACAAAACAUUUUUAUAGAAUUUUCACGUUUGCAUAGUUCCAAAUGUGUUUGCAAAUGUAUUUAGAAUAAAUAUCACUAGAAAUGAAAAGUUAGUUUGAAAUAUAGUUUGAUCAAAUGUAUUUGAAAAUAUGUCUGAAAUGCAUUUAAGACAUUAAAAAAAGAAUAGAUUUGCAAAUGCAUUUAGAAUAAAUUUCACAAGACAUUUCGCAAACUAGUAUAUAUUUGCCUACAUAUUUAUAGUUGUUUUGUUUUUUUUAAAUAUAUAUUUUAGAGACAUUUCAUAAAAAUAUGUAUUUGGAAAUAUAUUUUGAAUUGUACAAAGUGAAAAUUAAUUUUAAAUGAACUGCAGUGUUAUGUCUUGUGUUACUCUUUUUUUUGUGAAGUUUAUGACAGUGAAAGCAGCAUGCAAACUCUCAUUUCUCUCAUGCUCUCCAUUAUUUCAACAUGUCAACUAGUAAACACGAGUACUCAUGCAAACCCUAAAUGAUGUAUUUCUGAACAUAUCUGCUGCCUUCAUGAAGAAAACCAGGCUUCUGAAUCCCAGGGAAGACAUGUAGACCUGUCCAAACUGUUAUCUUGUGUUUUUGCUGGAAGUGGUGUUCUGGAUCCCACUGCUGUCACCCACUCCAGAGAAACAGACCUCAAGAGCUUUAUUUCCUUCACCACAGCAUUAUAAUCCUUCACCUUCUGCCUUUUCAAAAGCAUUUAGGUUUUGACAGCGUGCAGGGUUUUUCUAUGUGUGGCUACCUAGAGGGAUUGAAAAUACAGAAACAGAAGGAUGCAAUUAAACCCACUUGGAUUGACAAAACGGGAUGAUCCCCAGGUGCGUUUGCUUAGCCCAGCCAAGGGUGAAUCAAACUUGUGGGUGGCCACCAAUCCACAAAGAUCCAGCCACAUCACUGACUCACUGUAGCCUUUCAUAUGAAGCGUUGUGCUCUUCUUGUCACUGCUUCUCAUGUCAGAGUCACAUCAGUUACAAAGGUGCAAAUAAGCUUGUCAGUUGCCAUUCUUUAAGCAUGUGAGCUCAGGCUUGGGUGAAUAUUUGCAGACGAGCUCUAAGUAAGGGAAACUGUAUUUUUAACAUCAACAUAUAUAGUAAAGACAACAAAAUGCUCUUAAAUUAUUGUCGUAUCAACCAGACUGCCAUGUCUCGCAUGCAUGCUAUAAACUUUGGUGAUUUAGUUCUUAAGCUAAAUACUGUUGCAACUGCCUUGUGUCAGCUCAUAUCUGACAGGCCUUAAAUUAAUAAAUCUGUAUGGAAACUCCAAGCCUAGAAUAUUUUAAGUCUGUUUAGGUUCAAGGAACUCUAACUGCCCCCAUUGGGGAUGGCUAAUCUCUGUUUCCUGAAGGAAAACAGCUCAAAUUCUUUUUGUAACCUUAAACUCUUAUUUAGUCUACGUCUGUCCUUAGAUGAUUGUGUCCGACCUUAGAUGACUGACCUUGCGGGCUUUCUGUGAUCUGGUGACUGAGUGUAGACUAAUGUUUGUGGUUGA